UCGACGCGUACGUGUGCGAGACCCAGUUGCCGAGACACACACCGACAGUUCUGAUCUGCCCCUGUUCAAUUGCCGAAGCAAGCGAGUUCCGCGCCGUUCGUACCCGGAAGAUGCAAACGCGCCCGCACUAGGACACGGCCCGGAGUCGACCGUACGCCACCGGACCGCCGGACUCAGCCCCACGCCACGUCCCCCGCGGGCCCCCCCGUUGUGAACUUGUGUGAUCUGUUUGUAGAUUAAUUUUGAAUUCGAUUUGAGAAUGGUUUGGUGACGUUAUUUGGCUUAUUUAUUCUUGUGCAUCGACCUACACGUGCCGCCACUUGGAUUAUAAAUUUUCUUCUUGGGACGUGUUCAAAUUGUGCCACACGCUGGAACAUUUAAAGCCGAUUGUGGCUUCUAUAAACACUCUAAUUGGUAACUAUACGGAGACUAUGGAGGCCACAUAUUGCGUAGGGACCGAUGUGGAUGUAUGCAGAAUGUUCGAUCAGUAUCUUUAUAAGAUUGUCAGUGUCGGUCAGUAACAAGUCUCUGUGUAAAUGCAAUAAGGUCCCGAGUUAGAGAUCUGAAAACGUCGACUUAUCAUUGAGUAUACCUCAAUCAAAUUUUCAAACCAACGGUUACGACAUGGGGGAUCAGACAUUUCACACCCCGAGCUUCGGCGACGAGGAGUUCGACAUCCCUGCCAUCAACCCCCAUAACCCCCAGCAACCGGGCCAGCAGCAGCAGCAGCAGUCCCAGCAGCAGCCCCACUCGGGAAACGAGCAGCAGCACUACCAGCAGCCGCCGAUGCAGGGCAUGCAGCAGAUGUCGCAGCAAAUGAACCAGCAGCAGGACGCAAUGGGGAUGCACGAUCCCACCGGGGGCUAUCAGCAACCCUUAUAUUUAUCUGGACCCGAUCACGGAAUGGUGAACAGCUCGUAUCACAGCCCCCAGCCAAACUACUCGAUGAGCCCGGGCCAGCCGCAGCACAACAGCCAGCUGCUGAUGAUCCAGCAGCAACAGCAGCAGCACGCCGCCCAACAACAGCAUGCCCAGCAGCAGCAACAGAUGAUGAUGAGCCACGGUCAACCGCCUCCCGGAGCCAUGGGACAAUACGGCACGUCGCCCCAGCAUCCUCAGGGGCGGGGAAACAGUCCUCCUGCCCCAGGACAGGAGCCCACCACCAGCGAGGAUAGUGACGAUAGUACUCCUCAUCCAGCCAUGAUGACCGCCAUGAAGAGACCAUCGCCAGAACCAGCGGAUCAAACCCUGGCCAAGGCACAGAAGAAACCAAAAGUCCAAAAAAAGAAGAAGAAGAGGGACCCGAACGAACCACAAAAGCCAGUGUCAGCAUACGCUUUGUUCUUCCGCGACACCCAGGCAGCCAUUAAGGGCCAAAAUCCGAAUGCCAGUUUCGGUGAAGUUUCUAAAAUCGUGGCAUCCAUGUGGGAUGCUUUGGAUUCGGAACACAAAAAUGUAUACAAAAAGAAAACAGAGGCUGCCAAAAAGGAGUACCUCAAAGCUCUUGCCGCUUACAGGGCUAGUCUAGUAUCAAAAGGAGCCGGUGAAAAUGAGCCCAUAUAUGGAAAUUAUGGCAAUUAUAAUGCAGGCGGUCCACAGUAUGGAGGGUACACACCUCAGGGAACAAUCCCCUCACCCCCAAUGACAUCAGCCCAAACCCCACCCACACAAUCUCCUAUUGGCAAAAAGCCACCGAUGAUGAGCAUGCCGUCACCACAGCAGCCUCAGCACCCGAACAUGAUGCAGUCACCAAUGGGGCCUGUGCCAAACCAUAUGGGCAUGCCACCACACAUGCAGCCCCAACAGCAACACAGUUAUAUGCAACAGGUGCCCCAGCAGCAGCACAUGCCUGUUUCGCCCCAGCAACAGCACGUGCCCCUGUCGCCUCACAUGCAGCACCCGCCCCAACAGCAACAACAGCAGCAGCAGCAUAUGAGCCCUCCUCCCCCGCCCAGCGGUAUGGUACCGUCGUCGCCGCCCGUACAACAACAGCCCCCAUCAGGAGCGGUUGUGCCGAACGGAGCGGCCGCCGCCGCCCACCAACAACACCAACAUCAACAGCAGCAAGCCGCUGCGGCGGCAGCGCGUGCCGCCAACUCAUGCAUACGCCACGGUUGCACCAAUCCGGCCAUCACCAAUCCAGAGUGGGAGGAUGAGUACUGCAGUAAUGAGUGCGUCGUCAGCCAUUGUCGCGACGUGUUCACAACCUGGGUGAAUGGCAACAAGAGCCAACCCCAGAACUUCUCAACAGUUAAAUAAAUUGUAGACUUAGGCAAUGAAGCGUAAGGAGAAUGAAACAAAAAAAAUUAUGUAAGCAAUACAAUACCAACCACUUUUUCUCGGUCAGAUAAAUUAUAUAUUAAAAUAAGUUUAAUGAAACAAAAUUAUUAUUGAUGGAACGUUUCGAAAAAGAGAGGAUGAUGUACCAGGACAAGUGUAAUAGUGAGAGGAAUUUUAGAAUAAGUGUUGUAUAUAUAAAAUGAUAAUCAAUCUUUUUAGCGGUGAAGUUGCCUUGGUUGGAGCCUCCUCCGUGUCUCGGGGCAGGCUCUUGGGAACCAAACCAGCUUCACUACAAUAGGUAUACAAAAUAAACAAUAUUAUUGUAAUACUAGUUUAUACAUUGUAUAUUAUAAAAAUGCACAAGUAAUGUUUUACAAAUGUUUAAUUUGUAACAAAAGUUAUAUUGACAAGUGCUGUAAUUGUACAAUAAAUCCAGAAUCAUUAACAAACCUUGACCUUAUUGUACCAUCACAGUGUAUAUUCUUAUUAAUAUCUUAUGAAGAUGACGUCUCAUUAUAAAGUGCGCUGAUACUACACAAAAUACGUAAUAUAGAAAGAUUCUUCCAUUGUCAAAGUAAAACAUUACUUGGUCCUUUAUCAUUAAGAAAAUUUGUUAAAUUUCAUGCUAUGUAUAUGCAUGUAUCCUUAAAAAUUUUCGUAGUUAGGUAUGUCCAAAGUACAUAAGAUUCAAUAUUUUAGUUGAUAUAUACAUAGUUAUGUCUUUAUUGUUAAAUACAUUUUUCGGAAAAUCAUGUGAAUAAAUGUGCGAAUGAGAAAAAAUGUCUUACCAAGAUUUUCCGUUCCUUUGUACUGAUUUUAAGGACUGACGUAAAAAGCAACUGUUAGACAGCGUUUUUAGUUUAGUUGUUAAUAAAUUGUAUAUAAGCAAAUUAAUUUUUUAUUCAUUUUUUUUAUUGCAAGUCCUUGAAGAUUAAAAUUUAUAUGAAGGCAAUAAACUGAUAAUUACGAUUAUAUUGAUAUACGUAUCCUGUUCGUUUUGUUAAGUUAUGGAUUGAUGAAAAUGCGAAAGGAGUGAUAAUUGUUAUUAAUUAAAUUUGUAUACAUUUUGUACUGGUUAAUUUCAGUGAUUGUGUGAUAUUUGAUCUUUGCUGCAACAGUAGCCGGCGAGUGAUGAACUACUUUAUAUGAAAAUUUAAUUUUCUUGGACCAAAGUGAUGUUUUUCCUUAAUCCUCGAGAGUUGUACAGUUUUAUUGAAGUCCUUAUGAUUUGGACAGCUGUGGACUCAAUUAUAAUAACCGACGUAUUAUAUUUUAAUUUUCAUAAUUUUAUUUUUCGAAUUGUACGUCCCACGGCUAUCCUAGAAAAUAGUUUGUAGUGUAAUUAUUUUUAUAUCAUUGACCAAUCAGAAUUACGCUUUUUCGUCGAUGUAUAUAAACACUUUGCAGUUGUUACUUUACUGUUCUGAUCUUCAAGCGGAAGUCCCUUUAGAUUUUAUUUUUGUUAGUCUUUCAGCGGGUAAACUUUGACCGGAUUGUAUUUUUAGUUUUAGCACAAUUUAAUUUUAUAAUCCCAUCAAAAUUAUCCGAUUAAUUUGGGAUUUGCAUUUGAAGGUCAGGAUUAUUGUUAAAUAUUGUAGAUGUGACAUUUUUUUCGUAAACAUCCCUAUAGUAUUAAAUACAUGGUGAAGGAUGUACAUAUUUUGUGAAUAUGUUGAACAUGUGCAAGGAGGUUGAAUUGUCGUAAGCGGACCCUGUUAACGAAUUGUUUUUUAGAACGCCUUUUGUUUUGGUUCAGUUUUUUCGAUUCGACUGCUUAAGACAAUUCUUAUUCCGCCAGAAAUGUAAAUGAACUAGAUAAAAUACAUAUGAUAAUUAUGUGAAAUUUGUUUAUUAUUUUUUUUUUUGUUUGAUUGAGUUUUUAAUGUUUAUUUUUUUGAAAUACGUUUGGAACUAAGCAGUGUACCCAAACAAUCAAGUUUAUAAAGUAUUAAAAAAUAUCGAAUAUAUAUUAUUAAAAUCAUUAUCUCUACAUGAGCUUUAAAAUAUUUAAGUACAACUUAUGUUCCACUAUUACAUUGUAAAUAUCAUAUUUUAACCUGAUGAGCACACAACCUAUACUAUGUAAUCAAUUAAUAUUUAAAAUAAAUAGAUUCUACUGAAA